AGUCAUUACUGGUGAUUGAAACUCACUCACAUCGACAGACCAGAGUGAAUGCUCCUGGGCUUUCUUGCGUGGAAAAGCAGAUUCGGAUCGGAUACGUUCGAAUUUAUGACAUAAUACGUACUGUCAAGAUCGAAAUGGCGCCCCCAGUCCCCGGCUUCAAGCUCAACGCCAACGGCGUGCCGGAUUUCGACGCCCUUCCUCUUCGCGAGGGAGAUCCGCGCCGGGCUGCGUGGGGCUUGUAUGGCGAUCAAGACGAGCUUGGGUUUCUGAACCGGCUUACGGAUGAGAGGGUUGCGGCUGCGGCUAAGGGGGAGAUCAAGUCUGGGAAGAGAAUCUCUCUAAACUGGCCCCUAGACGCCCAGACACACGGCAAGACCUUCUUCCAGCGCGCCGCGCUGCACAGGGAACUCUUCGCCAAGGCCCCGCGGACAGUCAACGACGACGUCUGGACGUUCAACACGCAGGUCUCGACGCAGUGGGACGGCCUGCGCCACUUCGGAUACCAGGACGCCAAGCUCUUUUAUAAUGGUGUGUGCCAGGAGGAUAUCCAUGCUGUUGAUGAUAAGACUGGGGAGAGGAGUACGGUUUUGGGGAUCCAGGCCUGGGCCGAGCAAGGUAUCGUGGGCCGUGGUGUCUUGAUAGAUUACCAUGGCUGGCGGACAUCAGAUGAAGGACGGAAACACUCGAAGCUCAAGGACUACGAUUCUUUCGCAUGUGAUUCUAUCCCGCUUGAGGAUCUGCAGACGUGCUUGAAGGCACAGGGCACGGAACUCAAGUUUGGCGAUAUCUUGUUUAUUCGCUCUGGCUUCAUGGCAUCCCUAGCCACCAAGACCGAAGACGAACUCGCCGCCUGCCGCGCCGUCGUCCCGCAUCACUUCGGCGGCGUCGAGCAGUCAGAGGAUGUGCUGAGGUGGAUCUGGGAUCACUUCGCCGCCGUCGCGGGCGAUCAGCCGUCCUUCGAGUGCUGGCCCUCGAAGGAGUCGUACCAUCUGCACGAGGUGCUCCUCGCUGGCUGGGGCUGCCCCAUCGGCGAACUGUUCGAUCUGGAGAAGCUCGCCGAGCAAUGCCGGAAAGAGGGCCGUUGGUCGUUCUUCGUUAGCAGUGAGCCGUGUAAUGUACCCGGAGGCGUGGCGAGUCCACCGAAUGUGUUAGCUAUAUUUUAGGAUAAGUAGGGGUUCGGGGGUGCAUUUGUUGGAGAUUGGGUUUGGGGGUGUGUGAAAAUCU